CACUCUCUCUCCAUAUAAGUGAUGAUAUAACUAAAGGACAAUAGAGACAGAGAGAAAAAGGAGCAUAGAAACCCCAAGCUGCUCAGCUUACCAAAAAGCCAUUUCUUUCUUCCUUCCCAUACACAAGCCUCAACCUCAACCUCAGCCUCAAGAAGAAGAAGAGGAAGAGGCGCUUCUCAGCAGAAAGGCCAGCAAUGACCCUCUCGCAAAACUGACUGGCCUGGAAUUGUAACCACAUGCUAUUGGGAGCUGUAAUUUGUCGAAAUAUCAGAUUAUUCGUCUGACUUGUAGUAGCUGAAGAUGAGUUGGAACCCGCAUAUGGGAGUUCAUUACCCCUACAACAGCUGUCCCUAUAGCACGGUGGGUAGCUUUAUGGACUAUGUUGAAGGCCUCACCUACGAACAUGUGAACUUUAUUUUUUCAGGGGAUUCACAUGCUCAGGAGAGCACUUACCCAUCAAUGAAUACGAACUAUUACAAGUUUGGGUUAACUGAACCUGGGAAUACUUCAUAUUAUGAUCUUGGUUUUCGUCAUUCCUAUGAGUUCAAUGAUCCUAUCUCAAGAAGUGGUGAAGAAACAAGGCCUUUGCAGUACUCUUCAACUAUUCCUAAUGAACAGAAUGUGGCAAGGGAUCCACCAUGCGAAGGAAGUGCAAACACUUCCACAUGUGACAACCCCAGAGAAUCCCCUCGAAGAUAUCAGAACUCCCAGGAUUAUCAGGUUAUUUUGGAAGACAACAUUGACCCUGAUAGCAUGACUUACGAGGAAUUACUAGAAUUAGGUGAGGCAGUUGGAACUGAAAGCCGAGGUCUUACCCAAGAUAUGCUUUCUUUGCUUCCAAUCUCGAAGUACAAGUGCAGCUUUUUCUCAAGAAAGAAAUCACGGAGUGAGAGGUGUGUGAUUUGCCAGAUGGAAUAUAAACGAGGGGAUCGGCAGAUCACUCUGCCGUGCAAACACCUCUAUCAUGCUGGAUGUGGAACCAGAUGGCUUAGCAUGAACAAGGCUUGCCCAAUAUGCUACACAGAGGUAUUUGGUAAUGGAUCGAUGAGCAAGAAGUAGUUCUGAUUUUUAAGAAGAGGAGCCUUCAUAUACUGUUCUUUUCUCUUCAAAUUUGGUUUAUAUAGAGAUGUUUUUCCUUUAUUGUCCACGCUGUUUUUAGAAGCACUUGGUUAGGGUAGUGUUUGGAAGCAUGAAAUUACUUCUUUCAUAAUUUGUCUGAUUUCUAUGGUGCUGAUCCUAGAAACAAAAUCUUAGCUUCUGAUUUUGAACAUAUUACUAAAAUAGGAAGAUUACCUUUUCCAGAAA